AUGUUCAGGUCCAAACGCUCAGGGCUGGUGCGGCGACUUUGGAGGAGCCGCGUCAUACCGGACAGGGACGGCGGAGAUGGGAGCGCCAGGAGCGGCCACGACCUCGGAGCCACCGCCGAAGGGGCGAGCCCGCGGCGGGCACAAGAGAGCGACGGGAGGACGGUGACCUGCUGUCUCUUCAAGGAGCGAGAAGCGGGCGGCCCCCAGCUCUCCCCCGCCGCCGUCCUCCUCGAUCCCUCCAGCCCCGACGACAUGACCGACGGUGGCUCCCCGGAGCGGCGGGGCCGGGAGGCGCGGUCGCGGUUGCUGCUGCUGGAGCAGGAGCUGAAGGCCGUCACCUACUCGCUGCUGAAGCGGCUGAAGGAGCGCUCGCUGGACAGCCUGCUGGAGGCGGUGGAGUCCCGCGGGGGCAUGCCCAGCGGCUGUGUGCUGGUGGCCCGCACCGAGGUGCGCCUAGGGGGCCAGACGGCACCCCCACAUCUCCUCCUGGGGAAGCUCUUCCGCUGGCCCGACCUGCAGCACCCGGCCGAGCUGAAACCCCUUUGCGAGUGCCAGAGCUUCGGCGUCGCCGACGGACCCACAGUGUGCUGCAACCCCUACCACUUCAGCCGUCUCUGUGGGCCAGAGUCUCCACCACCUCCCUACUCUCGGCUGUCUCCUAAUGAUGAGCAAAAGCCACUGGAUCUAUCAGAUUCCACAUUGUCUUACACUGAAACAGAGGCUACGAACUCUCCCAACAUCACGCCUGGAGACUUCUCAGACGCCAGCACGUCCCCCGAUGCCGUGAAGAGGAGCCAUUGGUGCAACGUGGCCUACUGGGAGCACCGGACGCGCGUCGGCCGCCUCUACACAGUGUACGAACAGUCUGUCAGUAUCUUUUAUGACCUACCUCAAGGAAAUGGCUUCUGCCUCGGACAGCUAAACCUGGAGAACAGGAGCGAGACUGUGAGAAGGACUCGGAGUAAAAUCGGCUACGGGAUUUUACUCAGCAAAGAACCAGACGGUGUGUGGGCCUACAACCGCAGCGAGCACCCCAUCUUCGUCAACUCCCCGACACUGGACAUCCCCAACUGUAGGACUCUGAUCGUGCGCAAGGUGAUGCCAGGCUAUUCCAUCAAGGUGUUUGACUAUGAGAAGUCCUGCCUCUUGCAGCACACGGCCGAUCUGGAUUACACCGACGGGCCCUACGACCCCAACAGCGUCCGCAUCAGCUUCGCCAAGGGCUGGGGACCGUGUUACUCCAGGCAGUUCAUCACCUCCUGCCCGUGUUGGUUGGAGAUCUUACUCAGUAACAAUCGAUAA